CUUUGUCUUUAUCCAGCUCUUUCGUUCUGUUCGCUGUAGUGCGUACCCAUCGCCCCGCAAUUACCACCUCUUCUCCAAGGUAUAGAGAACAGAUCCAACCACCCUUCUCGAGUUUGGGGAUCGACCAAAUCACGUAGCACGCGCUCUGAGUGCUCAUUGCCGUUUCUCCUUCGCUUCUGCCGUUCGUUUGGAUACCCUACGUCUCAACACAAACUUCCACCAUUGCCUAGCAACUCUGAUAAUCCCACUCAACUCCUUGUGAUACGACCAUAGUCCAUUCCUGAGCGCGUGCCUCAAAUCCGCUUCCUCUGUCUCCGACGAACUACUCCUCUUGAAAAUACCCUCGAGUUCUUCAUUCACAACCGCUCAUAAAGGCCAUAAUGGUCGUCGCAACGAUCAAAUGUGUUGUGGUCGGCGACGGUGCUGUUGGGAAGACCUGCUUGUUGAUCAGCUAUACCACAAACAAGUUCCCAUCAGAAUAUGUGCCUACUGUGUUUGACAACUAUGCAGUUACUGUAAUGAUCGGGGAUGAGCCGUACACUCUUGGAUUAUUUGAUACUGCAGGUCAAGAAGAUUACGAUCGUCUCCGCCCCUUGUCAUAUCCGCAAACGGAUGUCUUUCUUGUGUGUUUCUCCGUCACCUCACCGGCAUCAUUCGAGAACGUUCGGGAGAAGUGGUUUCCGGAGGUCCACCAUCAUUGCCCUGGUGUCCCUUGUCUCAUUGUCGGAACCCAAGUAGACCUGAGAGAAGAUCCCAGCGUAAAGGAGAAGCUCAUGAAGCAACGCAUGAGCCCGGUCAGGCGCGAAGAUGGUGAAAAGAUGGCGAAAGAACUGGGUGCUGUCAAAUAUGUAGAGUGCUCUGCACUUACGCAAUACAAGCUGAAGGACGUUUUUGACGAGGCAAUUGUUGCCGCUUUGGAGCCCCCACCAAAAAAGCAGAAGAAGGAUAAGAAAUGUAUCGUGCUGUAAGUGGUUUGGUGGAUGUUUAGAAUCUUGGCUUUCGCUCGACGUAGCGUUCAUUUCGAGCCUUUAUAUGCAUUUCGUUGAGCUUUUCCAGGUUGGCGUGAACUCUCAGGGGGGCACGAUUACCAUAAGGCGCUUGUGGGUAGCGAAUUUCUCUAUAUCGUAUUUUGACUCACGGGUAUUGAUCGUUCCAACCCAACCAGCUAUAUCCAUUCAGACUGUGUCUACUCAGAAGUCUACUAAACAUUAUAGCAUAAGGGUAUAUCUAUUGAAAUGUGGUACGUGACCGAUGGCUUUGCUCCACGGCUGUGCGGCAGUUCUGCCCAAAGCAGGUAGUGGGUCUUUGAGAUUUCAACACAGGUCACAUUGUUUAACAAUGUAAUUCAUACAAGC